GCGCAAAUUGCCGGCUCUACCAAACCGCUAACAGUACAGAGACGCCGCUUCUUGCACAGGCUCUAAACGUUGCAUCGGAUGCGAACGUAGGACUACUAAACAUGUCGAAUCGUAUUAAAUUACGACGACUCGGAUACAGUCGCGAAGAAUUGAAACCAACAAUUUGUUACGAUCUAGUGGGCUGCUUCGCGGAUCCACCGGUCCAUUUGUCUUUGAAAAGACCACCCGAGCAUCCGAACGUUAUCCAAACAAAGUUCUUAUUGUAUAACAGAAGCAAUCGUGAAAAUCCAAAAGUUAUUAUAUACGCAGAUCGGUCCGAGUCGUUGUUACAAUCUGGAUUAAACGUGUCGAAGCAACUGAAAGUCCUGAUACACGGCUUCAAAGGUAGCGGUAGCGAUUACGGUUUGAUUCGUGGGAUUAAUGCUCUACUCGAUCUGGAGGAUGUGAAUAUAUUGAUAUUGGAUUGGACAAGGGGGGCAGGCACGAGUUACGCGGCUGCAGUCGCUAAUACCGAAUUAGUUGGCCGACAACUUGCGCUUGUUCUUUUGGAUGCUUUUAACUUGGGAACCGAUCCUAUGGACGUACACGUAACGGGCUUCAGUUUGGGAGCUCACGUAGCAGGAUGCGCUGCUGAAAUGUUAAAAAAAUGGGGCCUCCUACUUGCUCGUAUCACUGGCCUCGAUCCGGCCUCGCCAUUUUUUCGAAGCCAUUUAUUUCGCGAAAAAUCGAGAAAACUCGAUGCUACCGACGCUCAUCUCGUUGACGUUAUUCAUACCGACGGUUCCGAAGACUUCACCGAUGGAUUUGGUCUCCUCAAACCUAUCGGACACAUCGACAUGUUUCCUAACGGCGGUAAAGAACAGCCAGGAUGUUCCGACGUUAAAAAUUCCGUCGUUGUCAGCCAUUUGAAAGAAGAACUUUUAGAUAGACAGAUUGCGUGCAGUCAUUUGAGGGCCUGGCAACUCUACGUAGAAAGUAUACUGACGCAAUCCCAAAAAUGCAAAUUCGUAGCAUGGCCAUGUCCUCAGGGAUUCGUUUCAUAUGCAAAAGGAACUUGUUUCCCUAUGGAAUCUACCGGUUGGUCUCAAGAAAUGGGAUACAGAGCCAAUCGUGGACCAUUAGGAAGUUAUUUUUUACCUACCAGAAGCGAACCACCCUUUUGCGGAGAGCCCUUCAGAGUUACCAUAGCGACGGCUAAAGGUCUGCCAAGAACUAUAGGAGUAUUGCUCUUUAAAACGUAUCAGAAUAAUUCAACGACUACGUACAAGAUCAAUUGCAUAUUACCCAAACUGUACAAUCAACCAACGAUGUUUUAUAAUAUCGCGGCGAAUGAUUUUUCAUUCGCUUUACAUAAAGUACCGGUCAUAAAGGGCACAAUUCAAUAUCAUAAAAUUAACGAAAGGGACGAAAAUGAGAAAAGAAGGCCCGAUGAUUCGGGUACUAUUCUAUUGAGUAAGCUGUUCCUUGAGAACAGAAAGGGAGAUAGGUGGGAAUGUUGUAAUAUUAAUACUUCGAUUGGUGCAGAAGAGACACACGUGGAACUUCAAAGCAUACCGUGUGAUUCACUCUAAAAAAUUAUACUCUUUCGAUAUAUACAAAUAUAUAGAAAUCUGUUGUAAUAGGCAAUUUAAAUCAUUUGUCACUAUAUGACGAUAUGUGUAUAACGAUAAUAAUGCGUAAGUCAAUUGUAUAAAAAUUUAAAUUUUCCGCAAA